UUCUUACUCCAAUGGGUGACCAACAGCCUUAGUGGUGGUGACGGUGGUGGAAGCAAAGGCAUCGUGUUGUGGAGGAGUGGUCGUGGUGGUGGUAGGGCAAUGAUAGAGGUGGUGGCAAAGAUCAAUAUUAAUGCCAAAGAACUUAAAAUUGUUUGGGGCAAUGAUAACCGCUAUUGGCGCACGCCAAAGGAAUCGAAUCAACCUGCAGAACUAUUGCAAGUGUGUUGGCUAGAAGUAACAGGAAGUUGCGUCAUAGACAAGGGAAAAAAGUACAACGUUACCUUCGAAGUGUCAUUGACACCAGAUGCAUUUGGUUGGAACAAUACUACACUCUACAUUAUGGCUAAGAGAGGUGAAAAGGGAAGAUACACUUGGAAAAAAGUUAACUUAACCAACCAAAAUACUAAUAAGGACCAGCAUUUCUUUAUUCCUGAAGAACAUUUGAUAGUUGAGCCUGAUACGAAUGCUUCUGACGACAAGCUCUAUUUCGGUCUCUACGAAAUCUGGAAAGGUAACUGGAAAGGCGGUCUCAAAAUUUACCGUGCAGUUGUUGAACCCCGUUAAUUAGCAGCAAUGACUGCACCAAUUGAUACAUAUGUUUGUUUUUGUGUGUCUGUGAGGGAUAUUAUUAUCAUAUUGUAUAACGGAGGGUGAGUUAUAACUCAUGCAGAUAAAAUAAAAUCCAGAAAUAUGUAUACAUAUAUGUUUUCAUAAAUCCUUAAAUAAAUAUCAAUUGGUGUUUGCUAAA